AGAGUGUCCUGGCCUUAACAGUCAGUAAUAACAGCGGUCCACAUUCCCUUCAAGUCUACGUUUUCUACCACAUUUCAGCAACAUUCAUGUUCUGUCCUAAAUCAAGUGACUGGGUACUCGCACGGCUUGUGUCGGGCUUGUGAUUGAACGACGGCAUGUGAAAUGCGUUUCAUAAUUUUUGAUAACUUUGAAAAGCAACAAGAAAUAAAUGGCUGCUAUUCUGUGGCCGACCUAUGAAACACAUUUUGCGUGCUGAUUGUUUGCAUCAGAUGACAACUUCUGAUCUAAUCUAAUCGUUAUUUCCUCCCAGAGACGGUUGCAAAACGGUUGUUGAAGUGCUUGAAACCUGUGACUUCACAUCCUGGCCAAAGACCUAAUGAUGUUAGCUCAGUUUGUCAAGAACAUCCAUGCAUGCAGAGGUCUUCUAUAGUUUAGCUGGCAUUAAAAGUAGAACGUAGAGCUCCAAAUGUAUGAACAAGGACCCCUGCUGCAGAAUCUGGGACUCGUUUGGUAAUCAGAACCUGCAUCAUAAAGAUGGAGUCCAGACCCCAAAGUGCCGUUGUGGUUGCAACACUUGUUGUGGUGAACAUUAUUUGGUGGAUGCAAAUGUUAGCAGCCAUUGGACUGGGGGCCACACAUCUGAACCGGUGUCCUGUGCAACCUUACAUUCCCAUUUACCUGAUUGUUCUGGGAGCAAACGGCAUCAUCUCUCUGAUUUUCACCUACAUUACCAAAAUCAAAAACGAUGGAGCCAUCCACGCCCUGAGCUUGGCCUGCAUGACCUUCCUGCACAUCUUCAGCUUUGCAUGGUUAAUAGCAGGCUCUGUGUGGGUUUAUGCCGUUUAUCCUCCAAACUACUCUGGAACAGAUCGAUUCUGCCACAAGACGACCUAUCUGUUUGCUUUUGUUAUCACCACACUGCUGUGGGCUGCCGUGUCCUUCCUAUUUAUCUGUGGUGGCUGCUGCAUGCUUCUGACGUGUUGCACAACUUUAGUUGCAAGACAACGCUUGAUACCCAGCCGUUACUCCUUCUAUGGUGCAACAGGCGAACCUGCUGCUGGUGAAGUGUGAUGAAAAUCUGGCUUCAUCUUUAGAACGCAGAUUCUGGUUCUUGUACUGGCCGUUCCUUCAGUGGUUUUCAAAGUUACAUCUGCAACCAAAAUUCCUGCAAUUCAACACAGUCCCUAAACAAAUUUGACUUUUCUUGCUUGACAAACAGCCUUUUGUAUAGAUUACUGCACCAGCUCUUCAUCCUAAUUCAGCGUUAUUCUUCAGUCUCCUGUGGUCUCAUGCAAUGGCCGAUAACGCAUCACUUUCUCAUUACUGAUCGCAUGCUUCCUGUUUAGAACAACUUAACUCUGUCAGUAUUUUGAGCCAAAACAAGAAGGCUUGCAAGAAGCCCACAGAAAUUCACUAUUACAAUUUUUUGUGUGCAGUAUAAAUAUUUUGAUAUGAAAAAGGAUCAGUUAUACAAUUUUAACUCCCUUUCACUACUGGCAACAAGCAAAGAGGUAAAUGUGUACAACGAUUAUGAAUGGCGAAAAUUUUGUGACUACUUGUUAUCAGUAAUGGCAUUUUGUCCUCACAGGCUCCCAUAGAAGGAAACAUGGCGUUGCCCAGAGACUUAGGCCCAAUCUCAAUACUCGCACUGCGCCCUGCGGUCUUCAACAAAGUGCACUUGGAGAAAGUGCGCUGUAAGGCUUCGAAUGUGUGGUACACAAGUGUGCUAAUAAUUGCCAAAUUGCGUCAUCGACCGCAACUCAUGCCGGGAUGCUGGUCACUGUGAUACUUUAUUAACAACUUUCAAACGAACAACCAGUUAUUUCAAAUACAUUUAAAUUCAUUGCUGCUUUGUCUAAAACAUUCAGAGCAUCAACUAACCAUCCUAAAAUAAACUAAUUUCAUUAGAAAAUACAUAUAUUCAGAAAAGGAACUUGAGCCUGUUCUCCCACAGCAGUGGAUUGUGGGUAAUAUACUUCACCCAAGUCCGCAUCGAUGCAGACUUGGGUGAAGUGCAAAGAGUGCAAAAGGGGCGUGAUCAACUUCUGCACUAGAGAAUCAGGACACCCACGCACUCUCACCUCUGGUCGGGAUCGUGCAAUUGAAGGGCACAAGGGUGGAAGUGCGAGUAUUGGGACUGGGCCAUAGACCCGCUCCCAUGUAUUUUAGACCCAAUUUUUAUUGGUAUCUGUUACAAAGUUGACAAUAUUUUUCAACUACUGGGCAUCAUUUAAUUCUUUUCCAACAACAUUUUGAUGGAUAUUUCCAGGGAUUAAUGGUAAAAGCUACAAAUGUCUAUUUAUCAUCUGAUCAUAUUUACCACAACAACAGUUUACCCAUGUUUCAUAAAAAUAAACCUCAACAACGUUACGG